CGCGGUGCGGUGACCACCUCCUUGGCCUGGAACCAGCUGCCUGGACACACCAAGUGUGGUAGCCAUGUUUUCUGAGCAGGGUGCCCAGAGGGCCCAGACUCUGCUGUCCCCACCUUCCACCAACAAUGCCACUUUUGCCCGUGUGCCUGUGGUUACCUACAGCAACUCUUCCCAGCCCUUCCGCUUGGGCGAGCGCAGCUUUAACCGCCAAUAUGCCCACAUCUAUGCCACCCGCCUUGUCCAGAUGCGGCCUUUCUUGGAGAGCCGCGCCCAGCAGCACUGGGGCACUGAGGUGCAAAUCAAGAAGCUGUGUGAGCUGCAGCCUGCAGAGAAGUGUUGUGUGGUGGGGACCCUCUUUAAGGCCAUGCUGCUCCAGCCCUCCAUCCUGCGGGAGGUCAGUGAGGAGCACAACUUGGUCCCCCAACCCCCUCGGGGCAAAUACAUCUACCCGGACCAUGAGCUGGUCCUGGAGGACAAGCUGCAGCGCAUCAAGCUAGAGGGCAACAUCGCCGUGUCCCAGCUGGUGACAGGGACUGUGCUAGCUGUACUGGGCUCUGUGCGUGACGACGGCAAGUUCCUGGUGGAGGACCACUGCUUUGCAGAACUUGCGCCCCAGAAGCCCGCACCCACCCUGGACUUGGACCGGUUCGUGCUCCUGGUAUCUGGCCUGGGGCUGGGUGGUGGCGGCGGUGAGAGCCUGCUGGGCACCCAGCUGCCGAUGGACGUGGUGACAGGGCAGCUGGGGGAUGAGGGAGAGCAGCGCAGUGCCGCCCAAGUGUCCUGCGUCAUCCUGGCUAGGAACCUGCUGAGCCACAGCACCCAGAGCCGGGACUCCAUCAACAAGGCCAAGUACCUGACCAAGAAAACCCAGGCAGCCAGCGUGGAGGCUGUCAAGAUGCUGGAUGAGAUCCUCCUGCAGCUGAGUGCCUCAGUGCCCGUGGAUGUGAUGCCAGGAGAAUUUGACCCCACCAACUACACGCUCCCCCAGCAGCCCCUGCACCCCUGCAUGUUCCCCCUGGCCACAGCCUACUCCACCCUCCAGCUGGUCACCAACCCCUACCAGGCCACCAUUGAUGGAAUCAGAUUCCUGGGGACAUCAGGACAGAACGUGAGUAACAUCUUCAGGUACAGCAGCAUGGAGGACCACCUGGAAAUUCUGGAGUGGACGUUACGGGUCCGUCACAUCAGCCCCACAGCCCCUGACACACUUGGUUGCUACCCCUUCUACAAAACUGACCCAUUUGUCUUCCCUGAGUGCCCACAUGUCUACUUCUGUGGCAGCGCCCCCAGCUUUGGCUCCAAAGUCAUACGAGGUCCUGAGGGCCAGACGGUGCUGCUGGUGGCUGUCCCGGACUUCAGCACCAUGCAGACGGCCUGCCUGGUGAACCUGCAUGGCCUGGCUUGCCAACCCAUUAGCUUCUCAGGCUUUGGAGCUGAUGAGGACCUGGGAGACCUGGGCCCCGGACCAGAGGCCCACCACCCCUUCCUACACCAGCCAUGCCCAGGGCACCUCCAUUCUGUAAAUAAAGCAAAACUUAACCUUCAAAAAAAAAAAGUGCUAAUGAUACUGUUCUUUGGUGUAACUGGUAGGAUUCUUCAGCAGUUGACUCAGCAGAAAGGGUGUGGAGAUCCAGUUGAUAUUGUGAGAUCUGAGGGCACAGAGGAUGAACUAAGAGGCCAGCCUCAUAGGGUUGAGGACUGGAAAGAGGAAAUGAAAUCCAUACUUCAGGAAAUGAAAAUAAGAGAAAAAUGUCCUGGAUGCAAGGAUGUAUACCUUAACAUGAUUUUGAAGUCAGUGUGA